AUGCCUGGUCUAACUACACGAGACUCGUUCGUCCUCAAAUCACUCUUCGAUCCAGAGGCCUCGGCGACACCCAAAAAGCAUGCAUCAUCACAUACAUCACUACCUGGAAUGCCAGAAGACCAAUUCUCAGCCCGCAGAUCGACAGAAAUUCGAAUCAUCUCACAACUGCAGAACAACACUUCAGACCCCGAGACUGUUCAGAGGGCAAUCAACGAUCUAUCAUUACUAAUCGACGAGUCGCCUGCCUACGCCUCUGCAUACAUCAACCGUGCACAAGCAAGCCGACUGCUUAUCCCUACAAGUGGUCUCUUCACAUCCGACCAUGCCGAAGCAAGCGAACAGCUGCUCAAAGACCUUCAGAAGGGCAUUCAACUCGCCUCUCCAACCUCUCCGGACCAACAACUGUCAACUCAUCAAACAACUGUCCUCGCAGCUGCUUACACACACCGCGGCUUCCUACUUCUCAAGAUCGCCGACAUCAUCCGCAGUGGCGAGCAAGUUCAUGGUGUCAGUGAGACACUUCAAUCUGCUUCUGCAGAAAGUGUUGAAGAGCAAGCAAGCAAGGACUUUGCGGCCGGAGGUCAGUACGGAAGCAAGGAAGCGCGCGAGAUGGCCGUAAGAACCAACCCCUAUGCAAAGAUGUGUGGUGCUAUCGUCAAGGAGGCACUGAAGAAGGAGCAAGAAGAGUGGAAGGCAAGCCAGCUUUGCUGA